AUGACUUUCAACCCUCAGGUUGCCCUCGACUGCACUCUACACGACCUCUACUCCCUCGAUAGCGAUGGGGCGCCUCUUCCGACUCUCGUCUACGACUCUCAACCAGUGGAAGACUAUGCAGUGUUACCAACAGCCAAAUAUGUCUAUCAUUUAGGGGUGCAGCAAGGCUCAGACAAGAUGUUGACGCUGUUGACAAGGAGUCAAACCGAGCGUCGUGUAUUUCUGGCCGGAAAGAUGUCUGUCAUUGUGAUGGACUUUGCCUACUCGCAGCACAAUCGAGAUUUAGAAAACCUCCCGGAAGAUAAGGCGGAUUUAUAUAACCAUCUGUCAAAGAUGCGACAAGACCAGCAACCUACGGUAACCUUUGUCUCUCGAGCAGAUCAAAUCACUUUAUCCCCAAAGAGCCCUGUCGCGGUGGUUGUUCCUAUUGACCCGGUCUCUCAUCUGCCGCAUGUCCUGGAUCCGGAUGUGCAUUUUGAGCUCCUAUCGAAGCGAGGACUGGCAGUGUCGGGGCUGCCCACCCCACCGUCGACUGUGGUCGAUGUUCAUCUUCCACUUGACCAGUUAAAGGACACCACCAACUUGGGACAAGAAAUUGCUCGCAUGCUGAAACCUCUUGAUACUUAUCAAACACCUUUUGUCGUGAAACUACCCCAGUCUGUGGCGGCAAUGGGCACUUUCACAGUGCGUUCAGACAGUGACAGAGAACGUGUGAAAGAGAUGCUCAGUGCCUAUAUGCGUGUUAUGCUAGGACAAAUCAACGCUGCCAACUACCACCUUAACCCUUUGUCCUUGAUCUUCCAGAAUUUCGUCACGGGUACAGAGGUAGCACUAUCGUUCUUCGUCACGCAAAAAGGACGCUCUAUCUUUGUUGGUUGCUUUGACCAGGAGUUCGACAAACAGGGGCGUUGGGCUGGGGGCUCUAUCUCAUACCCAGAUCAACCCGCUUUGCAGCAAAAAUAUACAAAGGUAAUAGAGCAGACGGCUCAAUUCUUACAUAAAAAGGGUUACUAUGGGCCUGCAGGAGUCGAUAUCUUGACAGAUAGCCAAGGAGAGCAUUAUAUUGUCGACCUUAAUGUUCGUCUAACAGGUCUAUGCCACUUGGGCUUCCUCAAGGAGCAUUUUACCCAGAGAUCGCUGGAUGUAGCCUCGACCGUAACGGGAUUUUUUACCUCCUCCAGGGAAACAAUUGAAGAGGCGUUUAUCAACGAAAUGCAAGAUGGGAGCUUCAUUGUUAUAGCAUGGUCGUAUGACGACUCAAUGAAACUGAGCUGUGGAGCGAUUGGCGUUGGGGGAAAGACAGCAUCGGACAUAGAGAAAUUGGCUGCUAGAAUCCAGGCAUAUACCACUCCGGGAGGCCAUUGA